CCCGGCCCGGCCCGGUUCGUCGCAGCGUCCCCUCGGGCCCCGACCGCGCCUCCCCGCCUCCGCCCCGCCGUAGCCCUCCUCUCGCAAACGGCUUUUUUUUUUUUUUUUAAAUUUUUUUCCCUCAAAUCCCGGGGCACUUCCGGCUGGUUUCCGGGCUGUUUCCGGGUGACUCGGGCUUCUCUUCCGGUGGCGUUUCGGCGAUGCUGGCGGCGGCGGCGGCGGGGGGGCCCGCUGCGGGCGCCUCGGAGCAAGGCGGAGGCCGCUUCAGCGUCCUGUCGUGGGAGCAGCUGCAGCGGCUGGACCAGAUCCUGGGGGAGGCCGUGCCCAUCCACGGCCGCGGGAACUUCCCCACGCUCUCGGUGCGGCCUCGCACCAUCGUCCAGGUUGUCCGUAGUCGCCUGGAGAAGAAAGGAAUCACAGUCCAUAAUGUAAGGUUGAACGGCUCGGCAGCUAGUCACGUUCUGCAUCAAGACAGUGGUUUGGGUUACAAAGACCUAGAUCUCAUCUUCGGUGUGGAUCUGAAGAGCGAAGAUGUCUUCCAGCUUGUUAAAGAUGUGGUCAUGGACUGCCUUCUUGACUUCCUCCCGGAAGGUGUCAACAAAGACAAGAUCACCCCCAUGACUCUGAAGGAAGCAUAUGUGCAGAAGCUUGUGAAGGUGUGCAACGAAACUGACCGCUGGAGCCUCAUAUCGCUCUCCAACAACAGCGGGAAGAACGUGGAACUCAAAUUCGUGGACUCUCUCAGACGGCAGUUCGAGUUCAGCGUGGACUCCUUCCAAAUCAUCCUGGAUUCGCUUCUGCUGUUUGGGGAGUGUUCAGAGAACCCCAUGGCUGAGAACUUCCACCCCACGGUCACUGGGGAGAGCAUGUACGGGGACUUUGAGGAGGCAAUGGACCAUCUGCGGAACAGGGUCAUCGCCACGAGGAACCCGGAGGAGAUCAGAGGUGGGGGGCUUCUGAAAUACUGCAACCUCUUGGUGAGGGGUUUUAAGCCCAAAUCGGAAGUGGAUAUGAAGGCACUACAGAGGUACAUGUGCUCCAGGUUUUUCAUAGACUUCUCUGACAUCGGUGAGCAGCAGAGGAAGCUGGAGUGCUACCUCCAGAGCCACUUUGUUGGCAUGGAGAGCAAAAGAUAUGACUAUUUGAUGACCCUCCACAGGGUGGUCAAUGAGAGCACAGUCUGCCUUAUGGGACACGAAAGGAGGCAGACCCUGAACCUCAUUGCCAUGCUGGCCGUGAGAGUCCUGGCUGAGCAGAACAUCAUCCCCACGGUCACAAACGUUACCUGCUACUACCAGCCAGCUCCCUACGUCAGUGAAAUAAACUUCAACUACUAUGUCACCCACGUGCAGCCCUUCCUGCCUUGCAAUCAGUCCUACCCAACGUGGCUUCCCUGUAACUGAGCCAGGACGAACUUCAGGGUCUGUCUGUCCUCCAAGGUAUUUCCUUGCCGUGGGGAGGGGGCAAAAAAAAAAAAAACCAACAAACAAAAAACAAACCACAAAACAACAAAAACAAACAAACCUUCUUAGAACUGCGACAAAAGGAAACUUCCUGGACUUUUUCUUGAGUGUCUCGUUCCUGGGGUUGUCGGAACGAGGCCUGUCUGCCGUACACUGUGAUGGGAAGUGCAGUGUUACGGAAAGUAGCUGACGUUGGACGUUUACAGGAAGACUCGAUCGCUUAUUGAAUUCUGGAGGCAAUGGGGGAGGGUGGGGGUUGUGUGAGGGGAGACUGUAGAAUUACGCUAAGGUAGAGCUGCACUGCCCUGAAACGGAUCUGAAUUGGUUUUGGUUGUCUUUUUUUUUUUUUUUCUUAGUGCGGGAGGUGUUAUGGGUGUGCAGACUUGUGGUUUCUGAAGAUAGAAGCCCGAGUGGCUAAUUCCUUUGAAGGACCAAAGAAUCCUGUUUAAGUGCCUGUAACAAUAUAAACACAACUGUACUGUAAACCUUAUUAUUUUUUCGCAGGGGCUGACAUCCCAAGAGCUUGAGUGGGGAUGUCCCACGAAGAACAUGUUUCUGUUGGGGGUGGGAGGGUCGUUAAGAUCAUUUCUAGUAGCCUCGCUGAAGCAAGAAUGGGAUCGCAGGUUACAUGUCGCUGAGGUUUUUUGGCAUGGCUUGCUGCCUGUGAAGGACCAGCUGUAGCAAAUAGCUGUCAAAGCGGAGUUGCAUAAACAGGGGUGGGCUUGGAAUGACUUUUUUUUUUUUGUGUAAAUGCCUAAAACUGGGGACAGCAGUGGGGGUGGGGGGGGUGGGGAGUGCAUGGUGGAAAAUGCUGUGCGGAGCUUUGUGGAGAAAAGGCAGCAGGGACCUACGUAUGAAUUUACUCAAGCUCCCGAGUCUGCAGUGCCAAAAUGUAAUCGUGUACGUAAACCACGAGGCAGACGAUCUGUCCAGGAGCCUGCCCCAGGCUACCGUACCUAAUCAUGUAUUUUCUAGGGGAAUUUGAAAUGCUGCUUAUUUUGUUUGGGUGGUUGUUGGUUUUUGGUGGUUUUUUUUUUUGGCAUGCAAGUGUGGUUUUAAUGCAUAAAGCCAGAGGCCGGCUGGGUUUAUCUGGGACGAUGAGGCUUGUCCUUUGAAGCACAAACCAACUAGUUAACUAGUCAGUUAUCCCCAGCUGUUGCUGUGAUGGGGGCUGGAGCCCGUGUCCUUCUAGGAGCUAGGCAGACCUCUUCCAGACUCGGGCUGGAGAUCUUCCCUCUGCCCUCAGGCAGGUCCUAUCUUCAAAAGCAGCUUAUUUCCAGUUACGUGAUUCCACACGCGAGCCACUGAUAGCAUUUGAAAUUCAUUCUCUAGCUAGAAAUGGAGCUUGGGGAGGGGGCAGAAGGUUGUGCAGAAGUCAGUUGGCCUUAGGAGGGAGGAGACGCGGGGGGAAAAAGUAUGUCUUCUCCGAACAAACCCUUUUGUGUCUUGGGAGUUUGACGCUCUCUUAGUCAAAUGUUUGGCUUUGAAGUUGUCGGGUGUCUAGAGCACAAACAGUCUUUCACUGAGGUGCCUGGAUUGCCGUGCCCGUUCUCAUGAAACAUCAUCUCAGACUUAACUAUGCACGGAUGGAGAGGUGGGCGAGCAAGCAGGCGCUCCCUAGAGAUGCUGCUCUGGGAACACCGUGGCUUCAUGGUGCUUCCUCCGAGGCUGACAUACUUGAGUCUCUUUACUAACUUUUUUUUGUGGGGUUUGUUUUUUUUUUUUUGUGACGAAACUGUAAUAGCUGGGCAGACUGAACACUCUUAAUAAAGACUAGAACCUUGGAACGUGUAUAGCCAGAUUGCUACCUUUUUUGGGGUAGGGGCGAUGUGGGGUGGGGAGGGGGAAGCAGUCUGGGGGCUCUUGCACUUAACAUGAACUAACCAAUUUGAAACUGGUCCAGCUUCGCUUCCUAUCCAGUCAGAGCUGAAGAAAUGUCACUAACGAUGUAGUUAUUACAGGUUUAACUGCCUUCCUGUAGAACAGCUUUGCCUUCAGGGCCAGGGCUGGUGUGUAGACUCUGCCCCAGCCCGGUAACUCCCUGCUGCCCAGAGCCUGAUCCCUGUGGUGCGAGUUUGAGACUUUUUUUUUUUCCCCAGUGCAAGGUAAAAAAUUGGUGUAAGGGCUGCUUUUGAGAUCCUAAGCAUGCCGCCUUCACGGCUUCAAAGGAGGAUAUUUGUUCGCUUGUGGUUUUUUUCUCGCGUUUUAAACUUCAGAUGAACGUAGAUGACAUGUAGCGUGCUUUUUUUUUUUUUACGGGCUGCUUCCCCUCUGCCCACAGACACAUAGACGCACUAAACUGAGAUUCCCUCCUUCCCGUUUAAGAUGUCAAAAAGAUUCCCUACGGCCAACAGCUCGACAGGGCAACUUCCGUUGAGAUUGCACUUUUGAUUUACGGAGUGUGUGUGGUGGGACUCUUGCGAAUGGGUUGAAUCUGAAUUAUAUUUUUUUUUUCUAGACCUUGCAGUGAUACUGUGCUGCCUCCUGUGAGGGGGGGGCAAUUGGAAGAUUCCAGUAGCUUGAAUGGCACUUGAUUUUGUUUUAAAUGUUGUUUUUUCCUACACCUGUAUCACUUGUCAUGCGAUGGGCUUGACAUAGACUCACUAGAUUCUUUAGAAUCUGUUACAAAUAAAUACAGUGUAUUCAAAUUUGUUGGAUUUUUUUUAUUAUUUAUUAUUAUUUGCUUGUCCAUCCGAGUAGCGUGCUGUUGAGGUGGCUGACCCUGCUCCCACCAAGAACCAGUCUCUGAACCAACUGGUUGCGUGGAGAGGAGCGAGCUGGGAUGCUGGUUCUGGACCUGGCCUGAUGCUCCUCGUACGUCGAGCUGCUCCGUCCCUCAAACCGAAGCAGCUGUGGGAGCCUGGGAAGCGUGUAGCUGUUGGCAGGUCAUUCCGGCGGCCCAGGGAGGUUUCUAUUAAUAACACUGUUCUUUAGUGUUGGGCACCUUCCCUUUUCCUGGUGCCUCCUCAAGUUGCUGGUGGGGGAGGGUGGCCCGCCAGUGGCAGCGGUGACCUGAGGUCCCUUGUCUUGGGGGACGGUACGGGGGGACUCUCGCUGCUGGCUUUCCACGACUUCGUUCUUGUCUGCUGAUGGUCCUGAACAGCCAAAGGUUGCUUGCGUAACUAAGACUUGCUUAUUUUGUGUCGCUGACCCACCCGCAGAGUGGUUCCUCUUGCAAAGGGGAGGGCAAGAGGCUCUGAAAGGUUUACCUCCCCCCAAAAAAAAGCUUGAAUGUGCUGGUGUUUAGGCCGGAUUUCCCACGCUGUGGCUAGAAGCUGGCUGUCGGUAGCUGGGUGCAGGCUCCUCCAGCCCUGGCUGCCCUCCAGCCUAAGAUGAAGUUUCGUUUCCCCUUGUCAAGCUGCAGGCAGUUCUGGUUCCACUGCAGCCAUCGAGCCCGUGACGCGCCGGUCCCUCUUUGGGACAAACUUGCUGGCUCCGCAUCUCUGAAUUGUUACAGUCCGGAGCCAAAUUUCCCUCUGACAGCAGGUGUGGGUGGUUCUUGCUGGGCUGGCACCGCAUAAGGCUGUCCCUAUCACCCGCGCGAGUAGGACUCUGCUCUUGCCGAGCCCGUUUCUCUCUAAACCUGUUGGCGGGGCCGUGGGACGCAGCCCAGCACCCGGCUCCUGCCUUUCCCCGAGCGUCUUGUCUAUGGGAGUGGUUCUAAAAUAUCUGCUUAGUUUGUCAGCCGUCUCCUCCGUGCCAGCGGUGGGUCCGGCCGGUGGCUGUUGAUGCUCUGGUGAAUAAGCUGCCUCUGGAUUUGUGACCCUGGAAGCAGAGCGGCAAAAGCCCUGACAGAGUCGGCUUGUCAUUGUUGGAGCGGAUCAGACUGUACAAAGGGAUGC